CUCAUUCGCGUCAUCACGGCUACCCGGAACACAUAGAGAUUGGAAGCCACGUUGACAACGAAGUGGUGUUUUGUUUCAUUCCAAAACCGGUGGAAUAACGGUAACUGCACCGGUGUGUCUGUCCAGCGGCCAAAGGGGUUGAAAAUCGUACAGAAGGACAAGCCACUUCACCGGAAAGAUGAGUGUAGGAUUCAUCGGAGCCGGCCAGCUGGCUCACGCGCUGGUGAAAGGGUUCACAUCUGCGGGUGUAAUAGCUACUCAGAGAAUCAUAGCCAGUUCUCCAGAUACUGAUCUGCCUACUGUUGCUGGCCUGAGGAAAAUGGGUGCUAUCCUCACCACCAGUAACAAGGAAGUGGUGAACAAGAGUGAUGUCCUGUUCCUGGCAGUCAAACCCCACAUCAUCCCCUUUGUGCUGGAUGAGAUUGGACCAGACAUCGAGGACAGACACCUUAUAGUGUCCUGUGCUGCAGGAGUCACCAUCAGCUCUAUAGAGAAGAAGCUGCUUCAGUACCGUCCGUUCCCCAAGGUGAUGAGGUGUAUGACCAACACCCCCGUCGUGGUGAGAGAGGGAGCUACAGUCUACGCUACAGGAACACAUGCUGAGGUGGAGGAUGGUAAGUUGUUGGAACAGCUGAUGGCCAGUGUUGGGUUCUGUACAGAGGUGGAGGAGGACCUUAUCGAUGCCGUCACCGGCCUCAGUGGCAGCGGCCCCGCCUACGCGUUCACAGCUCUGGAUGCCCUAGCCGAUGGAGGGGUGAAGAUGGGUCUACCCAGGAGACUAGCGGUCAGACUGGGAGCUCAGGCACUACUGGGAGCAGCUAAGAUGUUGUUGGACUCUGAGCUGCACCCUGGCCAGCUGAAGGACAACGUGUGUUCCCCUGGGGGAGCCACCAUCCACGCCCUGCACGUGAUGGAGAGUGGCGGAUUCCGCAGUCUGCUCAUCAACGCCGUGGAGGCUUCUUGUAUCAGGACACGGGAGCUGCAGUUCCUAGCGGACCAGGAGCGCAUCUCCCCGGCAGCCAUUAAGAAGACCACCCUGGACAAGGUCCUGCAGCAGCCUGGGGUCAGCCAGGGGUCAGGGGUCAACGGCAAGCCAGGACUCAGCCUCAGGAGAAACCCCCCAGGACCUGUCAAGAAGAACAACUGAGAUGGAGACACGCACACACCACCUAUAACACCAGGAAUCCGCGUCAGGAGAAACCCCCCAGGACCUGUCAAGAAGAACAGCGAUGGAUGGACACACACACACACACACAUACUCUCUUUCUCUCAAAAUUUGGAAAUGCAGCUUGCACAGACCCAUAGCCUUGUCUGACAGGGAGUCCGUGUACACACAAGUGAACAGAAAUGCAUGUACAACAUGCCGCCUGUCUACCUUGUCUUCAGUCUGUCUGAGGAUGUGUGUCUCCGCGGUGAUAACGACCCAAUGGGCCAAAACAUCAGUGAAUAUUUCAGAUAGAAAUGCAAUGCAUAGAGCUGACAUGAUUCCUUAUUCUGCAUGACAGAGGAAUUCAUAGAAUCUGUUCUUUGCAAUGCAUUUCUUUCUGAGCGUUUUCUUUUUAAUGUUGCCCCUGCAGCCGAAGCAGGCAACAAAUGGCUUCAGUGAUGUAUUUUUUUGCCUGAUGACUCAAACUGAAUUCUUCCCACUGCUCUGUUCACUGCAAACGUUUAAGUUGUUUGUGGUGACGUCAUAAUGAGGGAUGUUGUACAAAAGUGAUCAGCGAUUGGAUCACCUCGAACCAAUCAGAGCAUCAAAGCCAAUGACAAUUUUUUUUUAAAAACACCUCUUUACUCACGUGUGCUUUGACUCUGGCCCAACCCAUUUGUUUCUGGGACCAAUCGGAACCUUUGUGUUCAGGAAAACCUGUCAGGGGCGGGAUACUCAGAUCCAGACUCAUGGCGGAGAAUUAAUGCUAGUGGCCUAGCGUUUUCACGGGAGCAAGGCGUUUGGGUACCUAGGCAAGCCGUUUCUAAGGUAGUGUCCCAAAUUGCACCCUAUUCUCCCCCUCCCCAAUAGGGGUCAAAGGUAGUGCACUAUAAAGGAAAUAGGCUGCCAUUUGGGAUUUACACCAAGUGUACUAUACAGACAGUUACAAUGUAUUUUCUAUGAAGCCAGAUCAUGCCAUGAAAAGCCUUUUAUUUGGCUUGUUGUGAUUUUCUUGUCGUUAUUCUUGACCUACAGUGUUAUUUUAUGGACUGACUGAACAACAACUGUUUUGAGUUUUUGUUUUUUUACAUAUUCUAUUGUCCGUAUGUUAAAUAAACACUAGCCACCAGACGAGUGAACACUAGCCACCAGACAAAUGAACACUAGCCACCAGACAACUGAACACUAGCCACCAGACAAAUGAACACUAGCCACCAGACAAAUGAACACUAGCCACCAGACAACUGAACACUAGCCACCAGACAACUGAACACUAGCCACCAGACAACUGAACACUAGCCACCAGACAAAUGAACACUAGCCACCAGACAAAUGAACACUAGCCACCAGACAAAUGAACACUAGCCACCAGACAAAUGAACACUAGCCACCAGACAAAUGAACACUAGCCACCAGACAAAUGAACACUAGCCACCAGACAAAUGAACACUAGCCACCAGACAACUGAACACUAGCCACCAGACAAAUGAACACUAGCCACCAGACAAAUGAACAGUAGCCACCAGACAAGUGAACAGUAGCCACCAGACAAAUGAACACUAGCCACCAGACAAAUGAACACUAGCCACCAGACAAAUGAACACUAGCCACCAGACAAAUAAACACUAGCCACCAGACAAAUGAACACUAGCCACUAGUAAUCUGCAUAGAUUACCAGAACUAAACCAGACCUGGAGACGUGUUCAACAUCUCAGUAACCACAGCAACGUGAUGUAACAAUCUGAUCAUCUGCAUAGAUUACCAGAACUAAACCAGACCUGGAGACAUGUUCAACAUCUCAGUAACCACAGCAAUGUGAUGUAACAAUCUGAUCAUCUGCAUAGAUUACCAGAACUAAACCAGACCUGGAGACAUGUUCAACAUCUCAGUAACCACAGCAACGUGAUGUAACAAUCUGAUCAUCUGCAUAGAUUACCAGAACUAAACCAUACCUGGAGACAUGUUCAACAUCUCAGUAACCACAGCAAUGUGAUGUAACAAUCUGAUCAUCUGCAUAGAUUACCAGAACUAAACCAGACCUGGAGACAUGUUCAACAUCUCAGUAACCACAGCAAUGUGAUGUAACAAUCUGAUCAUCUGCAUAGAUUACCAGAACUAAACCAGACCUGGAGACAUGUUCAACAUCUCAGUAACCACAGCAAUGUGAUGUAACAAUCUGAUCAUCUGCAUAGAUUACCAGAACUAACCCAUACCUGGAGACAUGUUCAACAUCUCAGUAACCACAGCAAUGUGAUGUAACAAUCUGAUCAUCUGCAUAGAUUACCAGAACUAACCCAUACCUGGAGACAUGUUCAACAUCUCAGUAACCACAGCAACGUGAUGUAACAAUCUGAUCAUCUGCAUAGAUUACCAGAACUAAACCAGACCUGGAGACGUGUUCAACAUCUCAGUAACCACAGCAACGUGAUGUAACAAUCUGAUCAUCUGCAUAGAUUACCAGAACUAAACCAUACCUGGAGACAUGUUCAACAUCUCAGUAACCACAGCAAUGUGAUGUAACAAUCUGAUCAUCUGCAUAGAUUACCAGAACUAAACCAGACCUGGAGACGUGUUCAACAUCUCAGUAACCACAGCAACGUGAUGUAACAAUCUGAUCAUCUGCAUAGAUUACCAGAACUAACCCAUACCUGGAGACAUGUUCAACAUCUCAGUAACCACAGCAACGUGAUGUAACAAUCUGAUCAUCUGCAUAGAUUACCAGAACUAACCCAUACCUGGAGACAUGUUCAACAUCUCAGUAACCACAGCAACGUGAUGUAACAAUCUGAUCAUCUGCAUAGAUUACCAGAACUAACCCAUACCUGGAGACAUGUUCAACAUCUCAGUAACCACAGCAAUGUGAUGUAACAAUCUGAUCAUCUGCAUAGAUUACCAGAACUAAACCAGACCUGGAGACAUGUUCAACAUCUCAGUAACCACAGCAACGUGAUGUAACAAUCUGAUCAUCUGCAUAGAUUACCAGAACUAACCCAUACCUGGAGACAUGUUCAACAUCUCAGUAACCACAGCAAUGUGAUGUAACAAUCUGAUCAUCUGCAUAGAUUACCAGAACUAACCCAUACCUGGAGACAUGUUCAACAUCUCAGUAACCACAGCAACGUGAUGUAACAAUCUGAUCAUCUGCAUAGAUUACCAGAACUAAACCAUACCUGGAGACGUGUUCAACAUCUCAGUAACCACAGCAACGUGAUGUAACAAUCUGAUCAUCUGCAUAGAUUACCAGAACUAAACCAGACCUGGAGACAUGUUCAACAUCUCAGUAACCACAGCAACGUGAUGUAACAAUCUGAUCAUCUGCAUAGAUUACCAGAACUAACCCAUACCUGGAGACGUGUUCAACAUCUCAGUAACCACAGCAAUGUGAUGUAACAAUCUGAUCAUCUGCAUAGAUUACCAGAACUAACCCAUACCUGGAGACAUGUUCAACAUCUCAGUAACCACAGCAACGUGAUGUAACAAUCUGAUCAUCUGCAUAGAUUACCAGAACUAACCCAUACCUGGAGACGUGUUCAACAUCUCAGUAACCACAGCAACGUGAUGUAACAAUCUGAUCAUCUGCAUAGAUUACCAGAACUAAACCAGACCUGGAGACAUGUUCAACAUCUCAGUAACCACAGCAACGUGAUGUAACAAUCUGAUCAUCUGCAUAGAUUACCAGAACUAACCCAUACCUGGAGACGUGUUCAACAUCUCAGUAACCACAGCAACGUGAUGUAACAAUCUGAUCAUCUGCAUAGAUUACCAGAACUAAACCAGACCUGGAGACAUGUUCAACAUCUCAGUAACCACAGCAACGUGAUGUAACAAUCUGAUCAUCUGCAUAGAUUACCAGAACUAAACCAGACCUGGAGACGUGUUCAACAUCUCAGUAACCACAGCAACGUGAUGUAACAAUCUGAUCAUCUGCAUAGAUUACCAGAACUAACCCAUACCUGGAGACAUGUUCAACAUCUCAGUAACCACAGCAACGUGAUGUAACAAUCUGAUCAUCUGCAUAGAUUACCAGAACUAACCCAUACCUGGAGACGUGUUCAACAUCUCAGUAACCACAGCAACGUGAUGUAACAAUCUGAUCAUCUGCAUAGAUUACCAGAACUAACCCAUACCUGGAGACGUGUUCAACAUCUCAGUAACCACAGCAACGUGAUGUAACAAUCUGAUCAUCUGCAUAGAUUACCAGAACUAAACCAGACCUGGAGACAUGUUCAACAUCUCAGUAACCACAGCAACGUGAUGUAACAAUCUGAUCAUCUGCAUAGAUUACCAGAACUAAACCAGACCUGGAGACAUGUUCAACAUCUCAGUAACCACAGCAAUGUGAUGUAACAAUCUGAUCAUCUGCAUAGAUUACCAGAACUAAACCAGACCUGGAGACAUGUUCAACAUCUCAGUAACCACAGCAAUGUGAUGUAACAAUCUGAUCAUCUGCAUAGAUUACCAGAACUAAACCAGACCUGGAGACAUGUUCAACAUCUCAGUAACCACAGCAAUGUGAUGUAACAAUCUGAUCAUCUGCAUAGAUUACCAGAACUAAACCAGACCUGGAGACAUGUUCAACAUCUCAGUAACCACAGCAACGUGAUGUAACAAUCUGAUCAUCUGCAGACAUGUUCUGUCUAUCUGUUAAGUGAGGAAGACUCAUCCUUCAGUGAAGAUGCUACCAUGUUAUUAUGUCUCUCUGAAAGGGAACGUGGGAUUUAACCUUCCAGUAUAUUUACUUUAUCUCUGUCGUCAGUCACUUUAACAUGGAACUAUUCAUUUGUAUGUUUUGAUACUGAUUAGGAAAAUGUGUAUGGUCAAUUACCAAAGGCUCUGUCCUACAUUGUAUAAUGAGUUAGCAUAUGGUAGUGAAAGGAGGCAAGUCGAGGAAGCUACCUACCAUAGAGUAUUGGGAUGCAGCCCAGCUCUAGCUGGUCAGUUGUUUCAACUCGGCAUCUGGAGACACGGGGGAAGUCACAGUAUAUGAACGUGUGUGUGUCCCCCCCUGUUGCCUUGACAAGUACAGUUCUACAGAUGUCAUGGCCCGUCAUCGUCACAUACUCAACGGGGGACAGACGGGGUAAAGUUUCAACCCCAGUGCCCCCACGGAUACAAAUAGACAUUUGUGAAGAGUGGCUGUGUACCAAAUGUACCACCCUAUUCCCUACAUAGUGCUCUGAGGGUCCUGGUCCAGUGUUGUCUACUAUACAGGGAAUGUGGUGGCAUUUGGGAGUCAGGAUGUAGACAGUUUUUCCCUCGCUGCCAUAGAUACGGAUUCUGAUUGGUUGGCGAGGGAGGAAACGAGCCGCCGGUUUUAGAACCCUGUCGGCAAUCUGAAGGAGGUGGGUGACAUGUCAGGUCCAGGAGAGGUUCAGGUCAGGGUGGAUGUGGCAUUCUAUUCCCUAUAUAGUGCAACACUUCUGACUAGGACCCAUAGGGCUGUGGUCAAAAGUAGUGCACUAGGAAAUGUGGGUGCCAAUGAGCAUGCACAGACUGGCUCUUGGGGUUACCCAAGGUCAACAUCUACUUUUUGGUGGCACAUUGCUAUUUAGAUUGUAAUGGGGGUGACCCCCAGCCCUCCUGCAAUUCAAAUCAUGGUUCAUUUCCUGUCUUUUUUUCUCUCCUUUUAUACUCUACUUUUAAAGUCAAACUAAAAUAAAGUCAUCCAAGUUCAUUUUACUUCUACAAUAACUUUUAUAUUACCUUCAACAAUAUGACGGGACACAGGCCAAUUGUUUGUUUGCCUCUGAAAUGUGACUGCAGAAGACCAUGUUGUGUGAGAGUUGUCCUCCACGGCGUGUCCAUUGUAAAGUCUGCAGUUUGAUUAGACGACAUACUUUACGAGGCGCCAGGUGUAGAAGGUAAUGACAAUAUGCAGGAAAACCGCGGAGACAAGCGGCUGUGGAGAUAAAUGUUCCCCAAUCACAGCGGAACAAUACUAACCGCUUGCAGCCUACAGGAUUACCUAGAUUACGGUUAAAAGUGGCCUUUGAUUAAAGUGUGUGUGUAAAAAAAUAAAAAUAAAGGCCUUGAUUAAAA